AUGAGUGUCCGAUUGUCGUCCAUUCUGCGGUGGAACUAUACAAAUCGCGCACUGCCUUUUCUAGGAUGUCGCCACAGUCGAUGUCACCAAGUCGAACUCAGGAGCCUCCGAGAUGAUCUGAGAUCAGUGAGUGUGCGAGGUUACUGUGCAGUCCCCAAGGAAAGACCUCCUAUUCCUAAAUCAGCUCGUGUUGUUGUUUGUGGUGGCGGAAUAUCUGGAUGCUCUGUCGCUUAUCAUCUUGCCCAGCUUGGCUGGACUGAUGUGGUGGUGCUGGAGAGGGCCAGCAUCACGUCAGGAAGUACGUGGCAUGCGGCCGGUUUAAUCAGAAGGUUGCGUGGUACAUCAGUUGAAACACAAUGUGCAAAAAUAAGCUGUCAGUUAUAUUCGUCAUUAGAAGCAAUAUCGGGACAUGCUACAGGUUUCCGGGAAUGUGGAUCUUUACUUGUUGCACAGACUAAAGACAGAAUGAUAUCUUACCAGAAAAUUGUUACACAGUACAGAAUUGCUGGCAUGGAUGCUGAACUUCUUGGAGUAAACGAACUCAAAGAGUAUCACCCGCUUAUAUUUACAGACGAUUUAGUGGGCGGUGUUUUUGUUCCGGAUGAUAGUUGUGCUAAUCCGUCUGAUGUGUGCCAGUCAUUAGUGAAAGCAGCGCAACAGAAAGGAGCACAAUUCUUUGAAAAUAUUGAUGUUCAAAAGAUCCUAACAAUCAAUGGCAGAAUUUAUGGUGUUCAGACAAACCAGGGGUACAUUAAAUGUGAAUAUUUUGUAAAUUGUGGAGGAAUGUGGGGUAGAGAUGUUGGACUGUUAAGUCAGCCUGUUGUUAAUGUGCCCCUGUAUCCAUGUGAACACUAUUACCUUAUAACACAGCCAUUCAGUGAAAUAAACACACGCAACUUCCCCACCUUACGAGACCAAGAUGGUAACAUUUAUGCAAGAGAGUGGUCUGGUGGUCUUCUGGUUGGUGCCUUUGAACCAAAAGCAAAACCAGCAUUCCUUGAAGGUAUUCCAAAACAUUUUGAAUAUCAGAUGCUCCAAGAAAACUGGGACCAUUUCCAGCCAAUGUUAGAUAAUAUGUUAAAGCGUAUUCCCAGACUUGGUCAAGCUGAAGUUCGUCAAUUGUUCAAUGGACCAGAAAGUUUCACACCAGAUACCAGAGUAUUGAUGGGAGAGGUUCCGGAGAUUCGUAAUUAUUUUGUUGCUGCCGGUUAUAACUCAAGCGGUAUUGGUCUUGGUGGUGGCGCUGGAUCUAUUAUUGCUGAGUGGAUUGUUAAUGGCGCUCCAUCAUUGGACAUCUCUCUUGUCGACAUCAAGAGAUUCUUUUAUACCCAAAACAAUAAAGCUUUUCUCAGGGAUCGAGUCACAGAAACCGUAGGUCUUCAUUACACAAUUCGACAUCCACUGCAUGAAUUUUCAAAUGGACGAAAGCUGCACUGUUCUCCUUUGUAUCCAAGACUUGAGGCUGCUGGUGCUGUGUUUGGUGAGAAAGCAGGAUGGGAGAGACCAUUAUAUGUAAAAGAAACAGAGUCAGAUGACUUUCUUGAUGAUGAUGGUGAUCAAUGCCAGUAUAAAGGGCUGUUUGGUAAACCUCCCUGGCUAGAGAUAGUUAAGUCAGAAUACAAAGGCUGUCGAGAUGGAGUUGGGGUACUGGAUAUGUCAUCAUUUGCUAAAUUUGAACUCAAGUCACCAGGAAAUGAAGCAACUAAUUUGCUGCAGUAUCUGUGUUGCAGCGAUAUAGAUCGGCCAAUUGGAAACAUUGUGCACACUGGCAUGUUGAACUCACAUGGUUGCUAUGAGAACGAUUGCAGUGUUGUAAGACUAGACCACAAUCACAUAGUGUCGUUCAUGUCUUGGUUCAAGUCUCAUGUCACAUACAUAUAUGAUUAUCAGUCAAUUGAAGUUAUUGAUAUUGGAUAUGCAUCCGGUGUUAGAGCAUUAACGAUGACACACUGUGGUGAAAAGGGCUGGAUGCUGUACAUACCCAAUGAGAUGGCUAUUCCCCUUUAUGACAAUUUGAUGGAGCAUGGCAAGAAUUACGGUGUUCUUAAUAUUGGCUACAUCGCGUAUCAGUAUCUGAGAAUUGAGAAAUUCUUUACAUUCCAGAUCCAAGAUUUUAAGUCUAUACAUACUCCAUUUGAAGCUGGGAGAGCAUUUCAAGUGAAAUUGGAAAAGGACAUUGAUUUUAUUGGUCGAAAAGCUCUAGCGGCUCAAAAAAACAAUGGCAUUACACAGCGAAUUGUAUUCUUUCUACUAGAAGACCACGAUAUAGAAAAUGAUUUAUGGCCAUGGGGUGGUGAAGCAAUAUAUCGCAAUGGUCAAUUCACUGGUUUGACAACCUCCGUCGGUUGUGGAUUUACUCUCAACAGGAUGGUGGGUUUUGGGUGGGUUACAAAUGUUGAUGAGAAAACUGGUGAACAUCAACUUAUCAACAAUGAAUAUGUAAUGUCAGGUCAUUAUGAAAUAGAGAUUGUUGGUAAAAAGUAUCCUGCCAAACCAAGACUGUACACUCCACUAAUUCACUAA